ACUCCCCCCCCCAACACUCUCACCGCUCCGUCUCCUCCCGGACGUGCGUCACGACGCCCCCAGCGAGCGCUCCUCGCUCUCGACUCGAGCCCUGCAGCACCACCAUGGCCGGAGUCAAAGCGUUGCUGGGGUUAUCCCUCGGAGGAGCCGUCGGACUCAUGUUCCUCAUGCUGGCCUGCGGACUUCCCCAGUACAACUCCUACUGGCCGCUGUUCGUGCUGCUCUUCUACGCGCUGGCGCCCGUGCCGUGCUGCGCCGCUCGCCGCGUGUCCGGCGACGCCGACACGGGCGGCGGCGGCGGCUUCGGCGCCGAGCUGGGGCUCUUCUUCACCACGGGGGUCGUGGUGUCGGCGUUCGGCCUCCCCGUUGUGCUGGCGCACGUCGGCACGAUUGCGUGGGGCGCGUGCGCCCUCGUCCUCGCGGCGGACGCCGCUGUCUUCUCCACCAUCCUCGCCUUCUUCCUCGUCUUCGGCCGCGGCGACGACGCCGGCUGGAGCUCCUGGUGACCCCCCCCCACCCACCGCCCUCCUCAUCCCGCCUGGCCGUGGCCCCGCCAGGCCCUGGCGGCGGCGUCGCCCACGGCUGCCCGACAAUCUUCAGCAUCUCCGGCUCUGCACGACCACGCGUGGCGUGCAGGGGGCGCCUGAAGAUGGUUCUGAUCGGCCGAAGGCGGUCAUCAUCGACGUAAUAAAAACGUGCUCUUCUGAAGAUGUCUGCAAUCUUCUGAAGACCGAUAUCAUUUGAAUCAGACCCUCAUCUGAAUCAGACCCUUAUCUCGUUAUUAUCAGCUCUAACCAAAGGAAAAUUUUCUAUGAGAGGAUUCAACGGAACGCAUGAACGGCAACAACAGCAACUGCAAUUCACCGCGUCGUGCGGCCACCCGUCCCGGAAUUGGCCUCUGUGCCCGGCUGGGAGGGGUUGGCUGUGUCCCGAGGUCCCGUGCCGGUGUCGUGCCGGUGUUGUGCCGGGGCUCUCACGUGGGACGCUCGCGCGCCGUGUUGUCAGUGGCCCGUCCCGAGCGCCGACUGAGAACCCGCGUGCGUUUUGGCCUCCGGUGGGAAAAGGCGACGGGCCCAACCACCGGCACCUCCUCCACUCGCUUUCCGGCAGCGCAGCGCUCCGUGUGGGCAGGGAGGGGGGGGAGUGCUGGCGGGGUGGGAGGGGGGGGACACGCGGGAGAGAGGAAAACGAGCGACAAUCGUGGCACAGUCCGCCGUGACGCAACCAAGAGAUGUCCCGCGCCACCCCCCCCCACGACCUCUGCCCCCUGUCAAAUUGACCACCCCCCACCCCUCUCUGAGCAGCCUGCCGCCCGGGCCACCGCUCGAGAUCCGUGAACCCCGGUGCAGUCGCACUCGCUGGCCGCGGCGCCUCUGGGUUCGCGCAGUGAUUCGCUCGCCGCGCCCGUGGGAUCCUGGGAACGUGUCGCAUGGCUGCUACUGCUGCUGUGUGUGUGCGUGCGUCUUCGUUUGUGUCGGGGAGCGGUGGAGCAGUUGUAAGCGCGCUGCGCUCGCAAGCCGGCGACCCGAGUUCUAUUCCCGCUCACAGCUGACACCAGUAACAGCCUCCCCCCCCCUAGGUCGACUCGGCAUCAAAUGAAUACCUGGCGCGAUGUAUAAACAUUGCCACUCGGUGCUGUUGCCACUUGCUCACAGCAAUUUCCCCCAGAAGUCUGUGCAGGCUACACGGCGGGGGUGGGGGGGGGGUGGAACCUUUACGCGUGGAUGGGUGCCGCACAGGGCUGGCAUUUGCAUGGAAUGUGCGUGGCUUCGCCCUGAGCGAUGCCUUCCUCCGUGUGUUCCCCCCAGCCCCACCUGGGUCGGUAUGGAGGAGCAGUCACGUGGUCCAACUGGUGGGGGGGAGGGAGAGGGGGGGUCUGCCCCCCCCUCUGCCUUCCCUCUACCAAUUAAACAAACAAUUAAACGCCCCCCCCCUCCCACCGCAGCCACCUCUACCCCGCCCAUCGCCACUGCUACCCGGGCGCGAUGUCUCGCGCCGCGCACCGCCGACCCGUGCCCCCCCCCCCCCCCCCCG